AUGACUAUUGAGACUUUGGACCUGAAGUCGUUACCGCUCAUUCGUAAGGGCAAGGUCAGAGACAUUUACGAAGUGAACGAGUCUACCCUCCUCCUGGUAGCUACCGACCGCAUCUCCGCCUUCGACUUCCUCCUCGACAAUACCGUCCGCGAUAAAGGCAAGAUCCUCACCUUGCUAACCCACCACUGGAUCUUCAACAUACUACCAACAUACUUUCCCGACCUAAAGCACCACAUCAUGAGCCUGGGACUCCCCACUGGAUCCAGUCCCACAAACGAGGCGACGUGCUUGAUAGGUCGCACGAUGGCAGUAAGGAAAUACACUAUGUUUCCGUUCGAGUGCAUCGUUCGCGGGUAUAUCACCGGCAGUGCCUGGGCCGAGUAUAAGCAGAGUGGGACUGUCCACGGAAUAAAGCAGCCUGCAGCGCUACAACACGGCCAACCGUUCCCCAGUGGACCUAUCUAUACACCCGCCAUCAAAGUCCCCUAUGGGGGGAGGGAUGAGAAUAUUCAUCCGGCGAAGGCGAGAGAAAUGGUUGGCGACCAGUGGGCGGAUCAGAUGGAGAACCUGGCUUUGGGGUUGUAUAGAGCGGCGCAUGAUUGGGCUUUACAGCGAGGGAUUAUAAUUGCCGAUACGAAGUUUGAGUUCGGGCAUGAUGAGGACACCGGUGAGGUCAUUCUGGCCGACGAGAUCCUAACACCGGAUUGCUCCCGUUUCUGGCCGGUCCAGGGCUACGCCGUUGGUCAAGUGCCAAAGAGUUUUGACAAGCAGUACUUGUGCGAUUGGCUGACGGAGAACGGCCUCGGGGCAAAGGCUGGGAUCAAGGUACCGGAUGAAAUCAUUGCCCAGACAAGAAGUAACUACCAUGAGAUAUUCCAGAGACUUACAGGCCAGACGUUGGAGACUGCCUUGGCCUCCCUAUAG